UUAUAGUGGCUGAGAUUGCUUCUUAGUAUCUCAACUGUGGUUUCUGGAGUUUUAGGUCUCAAAGAGACUCUCUUCUCAGUUCUCUUUUGUUUAUUUCUCUCUGGAGAACUCCUUUUGAUUUCUUUUUUAAUUUUUUUUUUUUGCUGUUGAGUUUUCACGAUUCCGAUCCACCAUUGCCGAAAACUAAAGGUUCUCAUGUGAGUCUCUGGCGUGUUUAGUACGUGUAUGAUCGGAGACUCCAUCAAUGCUUUGACGGUUUUAAUUAACCAUGGCUUUAACUGAAGGAUUUGGCACCUACGCGUCCGUUUUGGUGAGGAUUCUGAAUAAAGGAAUUUACUUUUAAGUUCUUCUUUCGGAGAAGCGUCUGUCAGUCUGUCUCUUUCUCUCUCUCACUCUCUCUCUAUCCCCGUCUCUGUUCUGUUCUGGUGGAUUCUUAACAUUCAUAGUUUCUUAAUGGAGUAAUUAAAUAAGCUGUUGCCUAUACACAUAGUGUGUGUGAAUUGGCAUUCCUAAAUUGUUCAGAUACGGAUCUCUAUCGAUUGUUGUGUUCUUUUCUUUUAUUCUUUUGCAGUAGUAUUCAGUUAUCAGGUAUUUUGGAGUUACAAAACAACGGCUUUAUUUGUAGUAUCCGACUUUACAAGAGAUGAAAGGAGGUUUCUGUUUUAUCCGUUGUUCAUUAGAGAGGAUUUGAAGCAGCAUUAGCUGCACCAGAUCCGGUAAUGGACACUUACUCCUCUGGUGGUGAAGACUUAGUUAUUAAGACAAGAAAACCUUAUACAAUUACCAAGCAACGUGAACGAUGGACAGAGGAGGAGCAUAAUAGGUUCCUAGAGGCCUUGAAGCUCUAUGGACGAGCUUGGCAACGAAUUGAAGAGCAUAUAGGAACAAAGACUGCUGUGCAGAUAAGGAGUCAUGCACAGAAAUUCUUUUCAAAAUUGGAGAAGGAGGCUAUUGCGAAAGGUGUUCCAAUAGGACAAGCUCUUGAUAUAGACAUUCCACCUCCACGUCCUAAGAGAAAACCAAGCAAUCCUUAUCCUCGAAAGACAGGUGCUGGUCCUACUCCAUCUCAGGUGGCAGCAAAGGAUGGAAAGCUUCCAAGUUUAGUUUCUUUUCCACGUUGUACACAAGUGCUGGAUUUGGAGAAAGAACCACUUCCUGAGAGACUGAAUGGACAUGAGAAGCAAACAGAUGCAACAGAAAACCAGGGUGACAAUUGCUCUGAAGUCUUUACCCUUCUCCAAGAAGCUCAUUGUUCCUCUGUUUCUUCAGCAAAUAAGAAUUCUGUAGUAACGGCAGAGGCACUAAAAAACUCAUGCUCAUUCAGGGAGUUUGUACCUUCGCUGAAGAAGGUGGUAAAUCAGGAUGCCACUAAUGAAUCAUAUGUCACCAUCGAACUUGAAGGAAAUCAAAAGCUAGAUAAGCCUGAUGCCAAACAGACAGUUCAGGAUAAUGGUAGUAGUAAAGCUUCAAAGUCGGAAUCCUGCCUGUUUCAUGAGAAAUUUGAUCAGGCUAAGAAAUCAGAUGAGUUUAACAGUGCAUUGCCAACUGAUGAAAUGGAAACCAUGCAGGGUUAUCCAAGGCAUGUCCCCGUGCAUGUUUUGGAAGGGAGCUUGGGAACAUGUAUGCAAACUCCUACCUCAGAUGUGUCUUUCCAGGAGCCUAUAUUUUGCCCUACGGGAGAAGUUCAUGGGCAUCCCAAUCUGUACUCUCAUCCAGCUGCAUCUGCUACUACUGAACAUCAAAAUACUGCACCUAGAUCUUCUACACAUCAAUCAUUUCCAAGUUUUCCUCCCUUUAAUUCAACUCAACAUAAUCAAGAUGACUAUAGAUCAUUUCUCCACAUCUCCUCCACAUUUUCGAGUCUCAUUGUAUCUACACUGCUCCAAAAUCCUGCAGCCCAUUCUGCAGCAAGCUUUGCAGCUACAUUUUGGCCGUAUGCUAAUCUGGAAAGUUCUGCAGAUUCUCCAAUAUGUCCCCAAGGAGGAUUUCCAUCAAGGCAAAUGAACUCUGCCCCCAGUAUGGCGGCUAUUGCUGCUGCUACUGUGGCUGCAGCAACUGCAUGGUGGGCAGCACACGGACUACUUCCCUUGUGUGCUCCUCUUCAUGCUGCCUUUACCUGCCCUCCUGCUUCUGGAACUGCUGUUGCAUCAACAGGCGCGGGUCAAGUUCCUGCAGCCAAGACAGAAAGAAAACUAACUGUUGAAAAUCCUCUAUUACAAAAUCAACAAUUUGAUGUAGAACAUUCCAAAGUUUUGCAAGCUCAGAAUUCAGCCUCCAAAUCACUGGAGAUGUCAUUGUCUGACUCUGAAGAGAGUGGAGGUCCGAAGAAAAAUACAGGAUCAAAAGCUACUGAUCAUGAGAUGGCUACACCAGCACCUGAGGUCCAGGACCCGAGCAAAGCAAAAGCCAGAAAACCGGCUGACCGUUCUUCAUGUGGUUCAAAUACAUCUUCUAGCAGUGAAGUGGAGACAGAUGCACUAGAGAAGCUUGAGAAAGGCAAUGAAGAGUUAAAAGAAACUGAUACAAACCCUGAACCUACUGAGUCUAGUUGUCGACGCAGUAGAAGUAACAGCAGCAUAAGUGAUUCAUGGAAGGAGGUCUCUGAAGAGGGGCGGCUGGCUUUUCAAGCUCUCUUCUCCAGAGAGGUAUUGCCGCAAAGCUUCUCUCCUCCACAUGUUUUAAAGAAUGAGGCACGCCAGAAGGAUGAAAUCGAAGAAGAUAAGCAGAACACAGUUGAGAAAAAUGAAAAUGCAUUAUUAUUGAGCCUUAACGGCAACAUAUCGGGAUUCUGUACUAGCCAUCAAGAAGCAGAGAAAAUUGAGAUGCCUAGAUGUGAAAACAACGGGGAGGACGGGCUGCUGACAUUUGGACUCGGACAUGGAAAACUGAAGGCUCGUCGAACAGGAUUCAAACCAUACAAAAGAUGUUCAGUGGAGGCUAAGGAAAAUAGGAUGCUGACCGCCGGCAGCCAAGGUGAGGAGAAAGGCCCAAAGAGGAUACGUGUGGAAGGGAAAGCUUCAACUUGAUAUUGCAUGCUUAAACAAAGGAAACCUUUUGUUUCUGCAUGUAAUUUGUUAAAUUUCCCCCCCUUAUCUAUUUUCCUUUUCAUGUUCAAAUGUUUAAAUUAUAGUAUUUGCAGAUCACGAGACUUUUCGUGCGUGUGUGUACCAUAUACAGCUACAUUGGCUUAUUAUUUCUUGAACCUUGUAACUGCAGUUAAAAACUCCUAAGUAGAGACUUAGAUAAGAACCAGUCAAGUAAUGAAUGGGCCCGGAUCUGAGUCUGACCCAUUUCAUCAAAAGGUGUUGUUUAUUUGCUUCCCUAAGUUGUAAUUCUUAGUGGUCAUGUUAGGGAUAAGCAAGCAAGUCUCUAGGUUAUAGAGAAACCCAUCCUACUAAAAGGAGGUGCUUGUAGCUGUGACGACAGAAAUGGAAUGGGUCGUAACCUUGCUGCCAAGAAUGGAUUCUAAUUGUUGUAUAAUGUCUUAGAUGCAGGUCUGUGUGGAACGUGAGGAAUGAAUAAGAUGGAUAUUAUGUAGCAGAUGAAAUUUCAUGAGUCGCAAUAAAGCAUAUAUAGUUUUUACCUUACAA